AAGGGGCUGGAACCUCCUCUCUGAUCCUCUCAUCCAGGAGCGAUGCGGAGACAAUAGGACUGGAGCUAGAGAAGCUUGCGAAAGUGCUAGCGGUCAGCUGAGCAAUGCGAAUUUACCGCUAGACCGAGUGUCAACAGCACGAUAAGGUACAUUUGAAUGCAGACGGGGAAGAUCAAUUGUUAUAUUAAACUGCUUGGCUAUGUGCUAUCAUCCUCACGAUUUGUUAUUUAUCUGGCGUGACUGGGCAGACUUCAGAGCCCUCGUAUAUUGAAUGUGAUACAAGCCGUUAGCCACCUCUCCAGUCCUGCCCGGGUGUCAGUCCCCUAAACCCGUCAUCUGUUCCUGUCCGUCCCUUAACCCUAUCCCCCAGUACACCCUCUGACCUGGUCCCCAGUAUGAGUUCUUCUCCGCUGGGUUCCCGUGGCAACAUGGACAUUCUGGAGGAACUGCAGCUGAUUGCAGCCCAGAACCUGGAGAUGCUAGAGAUCAACAAGUACUAUGAUGUCAUCAGGGAGCUAGGCAAGGGCACCUACGGCAAGGUAGACCUGGUCAUACACAAGAUCAGAGGCACCAAGAUGGCCCUGAAGUUCCUGAGGAAGAAGACGACCAAGCUGAAGUCGUUCCUGAGGGAGUACAGCAUCUCUCUCUACCUCUCCCCCUGUCCCUUCAUCAUUAACAUGUUUGGGAUCGCCUUCGAGACUGACGACUACUACGUGUUUGCCCAGGAGUAUGCCCUGUCCGGGGAUCUCUUCGACAUCAUCCCUCCACAGGUUGGUCUCCCGGAGACCGUCGCUAAGCGCUGUGUGCACCAGGUUGCCAUCGCCCUGGACUACCUUCACUGUAAGAAGUUGGUGCACCGAGACAUCAAGCCUGAGAACAUCCUCAUCUUCGACCGCGAGUGCCGCAAGGUCAAAUUGUCCGACUUUGGCAUGACACGCCGUGCUGGCUCGCCGGUCAAACGCGUGAGCGGUACCAUCCCGUACACGGCUCCGGAGCUGUGCGACACGUCUCGCCACGAGGGCUUCUGCGUGGACUACAGCACGGAUGUGUGGGCCUUUGGCGUCCUACUCUUCUGCAUGCUGACCGGUAACUUCCCCUGGGAGAAGGCCCUGCCCUCUGACUCCUUCUACCAGGAGUUCACACGCUGGCAGAGGCGCCGCACAGGCACCGUACCCUCGCAGUGGCGCCGCUUCACAGAGCAGGCCCUCCGCAUGUUCCGCAGGCUCCUCUCUGUGGAGCAGGACCGACGCUGCUCUGUCAAAGAGGUGUUUGGCUACUUCAGCCACAGCUGGAUGCUGGAUGGAGACAGCAACGGGAACGGAGGAGGGGGUGGAGAGAGAGAGAGGGAGAGAGGAGGAGGGGUGAGGAGAGGAGGAGGAGGGGUGAGGGUGGAGGGGGAAGGGAGGAGUACGUCGUCCUCGUCUGGGGAGGACGAUGAAGACAUGCUGGUGGAGAGGAUGAAACAGCAGACUCUGUCUCCUCUCUCUACUCUGUCUCCUGUGUCUGUGGGGACAAAGGCAGGGAUGAUGGAAUCAGGUGGAGGACACCAUUUUGUGUCUGUUUCCACCACCAGCUCCGUAUCCUCUACUAACAGCUAUGAACGCAUGCCCAGAGACAGCAUCAGCAACAACAACCAGCCCUCAGGGCGCAUGCUGGUGGCUACACCUAUAGAGAUCUGUGUCUGAGAGAUGUAUGUGCGAGACGGGCCUGAGAAGGACUGAAAUACUGCGUACAGUACACACACACACGUACAGACACCUACACUCAUAUACACACACAUAUCCAUACAUGCAUACAUUCGGAAAGUAUUCAGACCCCUUUACUUUUUCCACAUUUUGUUACAUUAGAGCCUUAUUCUAAAAUUGAUUCAAUAGUUUUUUCCCCUCAUCAAUCUACGCACAAUACCUCAUAAUGACAAAGCAAAAAAACGGUUUUGGAAAUUUAUUAAAAAUGAAAAAAUGAAAUAUCACAUUUACAUAAUUAGUUAGACCCUUUACUCAGUACUUUGUUACAGCCUCGAGUCUUCUUGGGUAUGACGCUACAAGCUUGGCAUACCUGUAUUUGGAGAGUUUCUCCCAUUCUUCUCUGCAGAUCCUCUCAAAUGCUGUCAGGUUGGAUGGGGAGCAUCGCUGCACAGCUAUUUUCAGGUCUCCAGAGAUGUUCGAUCGGGUUCAAGUCCUGCAUUGUCUUAGCUGUGUGCUUAGGGUCGUUGUCUAUUUGGAAGGUGAACCGUCACCCGAGUCUGGGGUUCUAAGGGCACUGGAGCAGGUUUUCAUCAAGGAUCUUCUUCAUUUUUGAUUUGGGCACCACAAAUUAGUUUGUUAAAAGUGUGUGGUUGAACUGAAAACUGGAUUAACAAAAAAGUGAGAAGCUGUUCAGAAAAUACCUCAAAAGACGUUAACGCAAAAGUGCUAAUUUGAGACGUUUUAUUCAUCUUAGUAACUUGAAUCAAGAACUUUAGCUAAUUUGGCCAGCAGCCAGUAGGGCAGGUAGACAAACUACCUUGUGUAUGGUUAACUAAAGGACAUUCAGAGACCUGUCCCGAAGCCACUCCUGCGUUGUCUUGGCUGUGUGCUUAGGGUCGUUGUCCUUUUGGAAGGUGAACCGUCACCCCAGUCUGAGGUCCUAAGGGCUCUGGAGCAGGUUUUCAUCAAGGAUCUUUGUACUUUGCUCCGUUCAUCUUUCCCUUGAUCCUGACAAGUCUCCCAGUUUCUGCCGCGUAAAAACAUUCCCACAGUAUGAUGCUGCCCCCAUGAUGCUUCACAGUAGGGAUGGUGUCAGGUUUCCUCCAGAUGUGACGCUUGGCAUUCAGGCCAAAGAGUUCAAUCUUGCUUUCGUCAGAUCAGAGAAUCUUGUUUUUCAUGGUCAGAGUCCUUUAGGUGCCUCUUGGCAAACUGGAGUGGCUUCCGUCUGGCCACUCUACCAUAAAGGCCUGACUGUGCUGCAGAGAUAGUUGUUCUUCUGGAAGAUUCUCCCAUCUCCACAGAGGAACUCUGGAGCUCUGUCAGAGUGACCAUCAGGUUUUUGGUCACCUCCCUGACCAAGGCCCUUCUUCCCUGAUUGCUCAUUUUAGCCGGGGGUCAGCUCUAGGAAGAGUCUUGAUGAUUCCAAACUUCUACCAUUUAAGAAUGAUGGAGGCCACUGUGUUCUUGGGAAACUUUCCCAGACCUGUGCCUCGACACAAUCCUGUCGCGGCGCUCUACGGACAAUGCCUUCGACCUCAUGGCUUUCUUUUCGCUCUGACAUGCACUGUCAUCUGUGGGACCUUAUAUAGACAGGUGUGUGUCAUUCCAAAUCAUGUCCAAUCAAUUGAAUUUACCCCAGGUGGACUCCAAUCAGGUUGUAGAAACAUCAAGGAUGAUCAAUGGAAACAGGAUGCAUCUGAGCUCAAUUUCGAGUCUCAUGAACACUUAUGUAAACAGGUAAAAACCUGUUUUCGCUUCGUCGUUAACGGGUACCGUGUGUAGAUUGGUGAGGGGGAAAAAAAUAUUUAAUCCAUUUUAGAAUAAGGCUGUAACGUAACAAAAUGUGGAAAAAGUAAAGAGGUCUGAAUACUUUCAGAAUGCACUGUAUACAAAUAGUCACACUUUCAUACAUACUAUGUAUACUCAGACACAUACUAUACUAUAACUAUACAUUAUUAUCAUCACACACAAAAAAAUUGAGAACAGGGUCAAAUGCAAGGACAUUUAAUGAAUGAAUGAAUGAACAUUCUGCCAAAUAAAAAGGGAUGAACUCAAGACAUUCCUGAUGAUUCCGGUUGGGGUCUUAGUGUAAAAUGAUUCAGUCAGAGAUCCAGUGAUCAAGUCAUUCUACAGAAAUGGCAAAUCUUUAUAGAGACUGCAAAGACUCAAUGAACAACAUACUGAACGAUCAACCAGCCAACCAACAAACCAAGACUGACAGACAAGACACGGAAAGAGAGGUUGAAAAACACAUUGUGAUCUGAAAUGCUGGUAUUCAGACAGUAUCAGAAGAAAACCAAAAUGUAUUUCUUAAAGCAAUAUAUUUCCCCCAAAAAGACUGAAGUCGAAGGUGAAUUGAGAAAAAAGAGCUUCAGAACUGGCAUGGUGGAACCAUUUAUGAAAAAGCCAAAAGAUGAAGAGAUGUUCUUUUGAUUAGGGUUUUUAGCUGAUAGAAAUUAUUUGUAAAAUGUUCCUCAAUGAAAGAAUAUCAUCAAAAUGAACAGCAGUUUUGAUGUUUACUGUAAUGCAAUGUGAACUCUGGUACUAAGUAUGUAUGUGUGUGUGUACAGUAUGUAUGUAUCACUGUAUGUUCCAUGUGUAUGGAUUGGAAAAAUGAUUAGGCUGAUUUUUAUUUUGCCUUAAGAUUUACUUUAUUUAUUUAAAUCCUAAAUAACCAGAUUAGCUUGAGGUGUUUUGUGUUAGACUCAUUUUGGUAAAGGUUGUUGGACACUCUAGUGCCAAAUCUCUACAUGGUCUUCUGCAACACAUUUUGAACAGCUGGAUCUUGAAAAUUACUGUGUUUAAAAGUAUUUUUUUUGCAUGGCGUAUUCUCUCUCCAGUUUAUGAUUUAGAUUUAGUCCGAUGAUGUGCUACACAUUAAUAUUGGAUCAUUCAAAGCCACCGGAUGGAGAAGUGAAAGGCAUUAAGUUGGUGAUAGUCCCAAGUAGGUGGUUUGUCGAUGUAGACAAUACCUGUCAACAUUUCAACUAACUAUCCAUCAGGGUCGGGGUCAAUUCCAUUUAAAUUCCAGUCAAUUCAGGAAGUACACUGAAAUUCCAAUUCUCUUCAAUGCUUUUCAUUUGGAAUUGGAAUUUGGUUUACUUUCUGAAUUGCCUGGAAUUCAAAUAGAUAGACCCCAACCUUGCUAUCCACUAACCCUAGCCUUAACCUUAACCCUUAUCCUAACCCUUAUUCUAAACAUAACCCUAAGCGCAAACUUAGCAAGCAGUUGCUUAUCAACAUAGAGUUUGUUGAUAGUAUGACCAUCUGUAGAUCAUCUAUAUGGGACUAUCCAAAUAAAGCGGGACCAUUUAGAUUCAUGUAUUUAACUUUAUUCUGCCACAGCAAGCCAAGAUGACAGAUAGCUCUAAAUGAUUUCCAACACUUUAUCCCGGCACCUUAACAACACACAUAUCUACUUUUACACAUUUUAAUCCAUUUAGUUGAUUCUUUUUUUAAAUGUAUUAAUGCUGAUGAAUAGACUAUUGUUUGGAUUUUGAUAAUUAUUUAGCAUUUUAAAUUCAAGCUGAAAAAUACAGUGGAGUACACAGUCACAUCUUAAAACAAUUGCAUGAUGAGUAACUAAAACAUAUGAAUCAUUUUAACUGACUUUACAAACAGUUAUGUCAAGAUUGUUGUAAUGUGGAAUUUAGCUGUAGCACAAUUUCUUGCAUUAUGUCCUGAAGCAAAUAUUGGUCUUAUUACCUCUUGAGACAUCUUAGGGCUCAAUACCAGACAAAACAAUAAUAGUUCAUUUUUAUUCAAUGUUGUGUUUGUAUGCUGUUGAUGUUGUGUUUUCAUCUCACCAGUAAGAACUAGGAUCUAGAGCUAAGUUACAGAGCCUGGGAAUCCUAGAUUGUCUAGAAUAGUUUAGAUACUGUAGUUCUCAAAAUAAUGCAUUUUUGAUGAAGUGUGUAGCUUCUAAAUUGCCAAGUGUUGAGAAGUUGCAAGGGACAUCUGGAGAGGAUUUCUCACUUUCUUGCCAAGCAAAACAUCACAAGAGUAAUGAAUUAGUCAUUUUAAAGUCAGAAAUAAGAUUUAAAAAAUAAAAUGUGUGUUGUGAUUUCCAGACAUAUUUGCAUAAAUCUUUGUGCUGGAAAACAAUUGUCAAAAAAAAAAAGUUUGCUGUCACAAGCUGUAGUAUUCUGUUCUUCAUAAUUGGGUGUAUGAAUGUUGUGUAAAAGUCAGUAAAGUUAUUUUCCCUCUGUGGUUUGACAUCUUCCAACAAUUAACUGUUCAAUAAGGUUUGUAGCUAGUUGAAGUAUUGUUCAAUCAUGCUCCGGGUAGAAGUUGGCUUCAGGCAGAGAUUUAGGAUCAGUUUACCCUCCCCAAAUCCUCAACUUAUCCAUAAGGGUGAAAAAACUCCACUGACCUUUCAUCAGUGUCUUGGGUAGUGAGAUUACUACACCUUGUGACAACCUAUGACCUUACAUCCAGUCCCGAUGCACAGGGCUGGAGUUGUUUCUCUAGAGGCUAGUGGUCACCAAGCCGAGUCCUGGGGACUCGCCAGGUGUGCAGGCUUUUAUUCUAGCCCAACACUAACACACCUGAUUCAACUAAUCAUUCAAAUCUAAGGUUAAAACCUGGGUUGCAGACCAUAGCUGUAGCCAAUAGAUGAGUUAGACAAAGAGGUUUCUGCAAAGCUAUCAUGAUGUAAUGUGUUGCAACUUGUGUAUUGGAGUUCCUGUCUGUCUGUAGUGACAUAUUGAUGCGGCAUCAUGAUUUGUGGUGUUUUAGUGAGUAGGGCAACACAGCGCAAGAACUCGUGUCUGAGUAUGUCUUUGCAAUACAACCGUCUUCCCUGUAAGCUCUUGAUUUAGUCGACAAAAAAAUUAAAACUGUGGUUGG